CAGAAGAAGAAGAAAAAGAAGAAGAAGCUGUAGCUGUAGCUGUAGCUGUUUCGCGGUUCAUCGUUAAGUUUACAGUCACAGAGGUUUUUAUCAGUUCUGGACCUGCCGCCUGCUGAUCCACAGACCAGUUUAGCUCCUGAGCUAACUAACUACACGACUUGGUUCGGUGCAGUUCGGUUCGGUUCGGUUCGGUUCAGACAGCAGCUGAACCAGGACCGACAGGCUCCGCCACAUCUGUGAUUAUUUUACAGGGCUAACGUCCGCCCAACAAGACUAGUUUAAAUGAAAGGUGUCGUACACUUCAGAAGACUCCCUGUGUUUGUGCGGGUGCAACAGCAGGAUGGACAUAUCCAGCAGACUGGAGGUUUGGCAACAGCUGGCUGAGAACUGUGGUCUCAUCACGGUCCAGCAGGGUCUCCAGCAGGUCUGGACUCUACUGCUGCUCUGCCUGAUCUGCAGACUCUGCUUUAGACUGGGUGAGCUGGACUACAGUACCUGCAUGUCAACAAGAGGUGUGUCCACCCUGAAGCAUGUAGUGUCAGUGUUGGCUGGGAUGUACAGCCUCUUCCUGUUCUUUGAGUUGCAGAUGCUGUGGGUGCUGUUGUUCAGUGCUCUCUGUUACUUCGUUCUGCUGCUCACUCAACACUCCAGUACCAGAGGCAUCUUCCUUUCGGCUGUUAUCCUCGUCUACCUCCUUGUUGGAGAGUUGCAUUUAAUUGACAUGGUGACCUGGCAUAAAAUAAGAGGCUCUCAGAUGGUGGUGGCAAUGAAGGCCAUCUCUCUGGCCUUUGACCUGGACAGAGCAGCAGUGGCAGGCCUGCCCUCCCCAGCUGAGUUCCUGGGCUAUGUUCUCUUUGUGGGCACUGUUGUGUUUGGUCCUUGGAUCAGCUUCUCCAGUUAUAAGAACGCCAUUGAAGGCAGAGAACUGAGCUGGAUGUGGCUGUGGAGUUCCUCCAUCAGCCUCCUGAAGAGUCAGCUCUGUCUGCUGGUCUCCACCUGCAUCGCCCCUUACCUCUUCCCUCUGUUCAUCCCCAUCUAUGGAAACACAGUCACAGACAAAUGGCUGCGUGCCUAUGAGAAUGCAGUGUCGUUCCACUUCAGUAACUACUUUGUGGGUCACCUCAGUGAAGGCACCAGCAUGCUGGCUGGAGCCGGCUUCACUGAAGAGAAGGAACACAUCAGAUGGGACCUGAGUGUGGUGAAGCCUCUCAGUGUGGAGAUGCCUCGCUCCAUGGUGCUGGUGGUCACGUCCUGGAACAUCCCCAUGUCCCGAUGGCUCAAAACCUAUGUGUUUAAAAAUGCCAUGAAACUGGGGACUUUUCCAGCCAUCCUGGUGACGUACACAGCCAGCGCCAUACUGCAUGGUCUGAGUUUUCACCUCGGGGCUGUUCUGCUGUCUCUGGGAUUCAUCACAUAUGUUGAACAUGUUCUGAGGAAGAGGCUUGCCUCCAUCUUCAGCGCCUGUGUCCUGUCAAGACCCUGUAACUCCGGCUGCAGCCACAAGCACAAGAAGGGGUUUUGGGUGGUGGUGCUGAACCUGGUUUUCAGCUUCCUGGCCAUCUUCCACCUCACCUACCUGGGCUCUAUGUUUGACCCUGGAGUUGAUGAACGGGAAGUAGAAGAGGGUUACGCAGCGAUCCACACCAUCCAAAGGUGGUCUGACCUGAGCUGGGCCAGCCACUGGGUGGUGUUUGGCUGCUGGGUCUUCUACCGUUUAAUUCAGUGACGUGGAGCAGACACAGAGGAGGACUUCAUGAUACAGUGGAUCUGAUGGGACUGAAGGACGAGGAUCUGCUCUAGUGCAGAGGACUGAACAUACGUGUCCAGAGCUGUGAGUCAGUUCAGGAGGAAAUAUGUAGAGAGACAGCCGUUUACUGAACCAAGAAUCACUCCAAACUGAUGUGUUAAAAUCUGAUCCUGUGAGACCUCCUACUGUACUCAACCUUCACCGAGGCCUGUGGACACAUGUGAGCUUCAAGCUGUCUACUGUAUUAGUCGGUGUCCAAAAACAUUUCAGCAGGUUUUUGUAUAUAUACAGAUUUUUACGUGUGUGUGUGCGUGCGUGCGUGCGUGCGUGCGUGCGUGUGUGUUUUACCUACCUCCAAUAAACAAUAUUAUUCAAUAACAACUGAAUAAUCAUUAGAUUCAUUGAUGAUGAUGGUUAUUAUAAUGUAUAUAUGUCAUUAUAAUCUGUUUCCAUAGGGACAUGGAGCGACAGUAGAACACACACAGCACAGAGGUGGUGAUCAAUAAUAAAAACCUGAUGAAAUGCACCUGAAAAUCAGUGACCACAUGAAUGUAUUAGAGCUAACGACCAUUACUUAUCAAUUAAUCUAUUGACUAUUUUACUGAUGAGUCGAUAAGUCUAAUUGACACUGUUGAAACAGCUCAGACUCUGCUCUAUGUUCAGUCGGACGGGUCGUUAGGAUUAUGUCAAUAUCUUGUUUUUUCAUUAGAUUUGGGUUUUUGUAAAGACCAGGAUUAACAAAGUCACUAUCAACUCAACAUAUCUGAA